AUGGGUCCCGUAAAAGUGUACAAGUGUUUGUCGAUAGCCGACAAACAAAAAGUGAUCGCAGCAGUUGAAGCCGGUGAAAAAAAAAAAGAUGUUGCUCUACGUUUUGGUAUACCAGCAAGUGUUGACCCGUGCAUUUCACAAGAUUGGAAAAAUGAGUUAAUCAAUCUAUUGGUUGAUUAUGAUGCUAGGGAUAUUUUUAAUGCCGAUGAGACCGGACUUUUUUACAAAUGUUUACCAGAUCGCACUUUGACAUUUAAAAACGAAAAAUGUCAUGGUGGUAAAAAUAGUAAAGAACGGAUAACAGUGAUGUUAGCCGCGAACAUGGAUGGAUCCCAGAAACUUAAGCCCUUAAUGAUCGGAAAAUUUGCUAACCCACGCUGUUUCAAAAACGUAAAAUCUUUCCCACUAAUGUACCGGUCAAAUAAAAAGGCGUGGAUGACAGGUGUAUUAUUUACAGAGUGGUUGUCAUGUAUCGAUGUAGAUAUGAAAAAGGCAAAUCGAAAAAUUUUGAUGUUCGUUGACAACUGUACCGCACACAAUAAUAUUCCUCAUCUUGAAAAUAUAAAAAUUCAUUUUUUACCUCCCAACACUACAUCAACUCUCCAACCACUAGACCAGGGAAUAAUAAAAAUUUUUAAAACGAUGUAUCGGAAGGAAAUUGUUCGAGAGGUGUUGGCGUGCAUUGGUGAAGUUCCAUGUAAAAUUUCUAUACUCACUGCUAUGGAAAUGGUACACAAAGCAUGGGAAAAUGUUAGUGCACAAACCAUCGCGAAUUGCUUCAGAACUUCUGGUUUUAUUAAGGACGGACAGACAAUUGGUGAAGGUAUUCCUGUUCAAUGUGAGCAAUCUGAAAUGGACGAAAAAAGAUGCGAUACAAUUUUCAAUGCUAUCAGUAAGUUAGACAAUGCUAUGGACCAGAUUGUGACCAACAAUUGUUCACAAAAAAAAUAA